AUGCCAGUACAAGGGGUUCGAGCAGUAUCCACUGCCAGAAACGGCGUUGGUGCCUUCAUUCUGCAAUGCAAGCGCUUGGAUUUCCACUACUGUGACUGGGCUGGCAGUUCCCGGGGAAUGAACGCUUUCCUGAAGCAUGCCCUUCCAGCUUUCGCGAAAGAAAACCCCCAGAUUGAGAUCCGAGUCUCACCACGACCUCACAAGCACCCUAUCAUCAAAGGACACUAUAUCAACGGACGAGAGAAGGCGAUCUGCGUGCGGAAUCUCGAGCCGGAACAGAUAACCCAGAAAGCCAACUUAUUGAAGCAGGCUAGCGGCGAGAAGCUGAAGCGCACCAAGAAGCCCGUCACGAGUAUCAACGAGAGUGUUCGUGGUAUCUGGUCGCCUUACCACGGAGGCCUCAAGUCUGUUUGAGUUGGGUUUAGCCUUGUUUAUUGCAUCGGUGUUUUUGUUGGCAUUAUAGGGGUUCUUUUGUGCUGUCUUCUGGACUUUCUCCAUGGUUGAUGACCAAUUUGUAUCAUACUUGCAUAUAUACCGUCCGAAAUGUCUCUCAAGCUAUAGAGCAUCUCU